AUGGUUUUGUUAACUAUGAUAGCAAGAAUUCCUGACGGAUUACCAUUAGCUGCAUCUAUGCAAGAUGACGAACAGGUCGGGAGAAAACUAAUUGAGUAUCAAAAUCAAGCAAAACUUCUUUUUAAAAAAUUAAACUUUCAGUCUCCUAAACAGUGCACAAUUGAAUCUGUACCAUAUUACUUUCACUAUUUAAUUGAAAGAGAUGUUUGUUACUUGGUAUUGUGUGAAAAAAACUUCUCAAAACGUUCUGCAUUCAGUUUUCUGGAAGACAUAGCAGCCGAAUUCAAUAAGCUGUACGGACGACAAGUAUCAACAGUUUCAAGGCCUUACACACUAAUUGAAUUUGAUAAUUACAUUCAAAAAGCAAAGAAAAAUUAUAUAGACUCUAGAGUACGAAGAAAUCUAAAUUCAUUAAAUAAUGAACUUCAAGAUGUACAAAGAAUAAUGGUUCAAAAUAUUGAUGAUGUAUUACAAAGGGGCACUGUUUUAUCAGAACUUGAUACAAAAGCACAAAAUUUAUCCAUAUUAUCAAAAAAAUACAAAAAAGAAGCUACCAAUCUCAACCUUAAAUCAAUGUACAUAAAACUAACCGUUGCAGCAGUUUUUGUUAUUUUAUUAUUUUUAUAUUUUUAUGUUCUAUAA